ACAAACGUUUUUCCUCUCUCUCCUCUUUGAGAUACUCUCUUCUCUUCUCAGCCACUCUGUCCCCUUUCUCUCUUCACUCAUCCCUUACCUAGUUCACUCUCCAGUGCUACCAAUCUCUUGGCUUGGAUCUAGUCUGUUUGGUUUUAUAUUUCGGGUUUGUUAUUUGUUUCUUUGAUCUGGUUUACUGGGUUUGUUGUUUGUUUCUUUUAUCUUCAUUUCCAAUCAAGUUUCGCUCUGUCCAAAAACUUGGAGCUUUAUACUCCUCAUCUCUUGUAAUUCUCAUUUCGUCACAUCUUUCAUCUUCGCAAUCUUCUACUUGUCGACUCUAAUGGCUCCCCCAAUCCAUCAAGGAGGCUCCUUUUCUUCUUCCACUCACCGAUGGGACCACGAUGUCUUCUUGAGCUUUAGAGGUGAAGAUACUCGCAAUGGUUUUACUGGCUAUUUAUAUAGUGCUUUGUGUGACAACGGUUUCAAGACCUUCAUUGAUGAUAACCUCCAAAGAGGAGAACAAAUUUCAGAGGAACUUCUCAAAGCUAUUAAAUCGUCAAGGAGUUCAAUUAUUAUAUUCUCUCAAAACUACGCAUUUUCGGCUUGGUGCUUGGAUGAACUUGUCGAGAUUCUUAAUUGCAAGCAAAAUGGACAAUUGGUUCUACCUGUUUUUUACAAAGUGGAUCCAUCUGAAAUACGUAAACAAAAAGGUAAUUUUGAAGCUGCACUAGCUCAACAAGAAAACAAAUUCAAGAAUAACAUAGAGAAGGUGCAAAGGUGGAGGGCAGCUCUAAAUGAAGCGGCUAGUUUAUCUGGAUGGCAUUAUGAGAAUGGCAACCCUGAAUAUAAAUUCAUCGAACAUAUUAUUGGACAUAUGUAUACCAAAUUAAGUGGCAGACAGUUAUUUGUUGCUAAAUACCCUGUUGGAGUAAAUUCCCGAGCCAUGGCCAUAGAAUCGCUUUUAGAUAUUAAGGUAAAUGAUGUUCGGAUGGUAGGGAUUCUUGGUCUUGGGGGAAUAGGUAAGACAACUAUUGCAAAAGCUGUUUAUAACGGAAUUGUUGAGCAUUUUGAAGGAAGUUGUUUUCUAGAGAGUGUUAGAGAAAAGUCUGGAACAAAUGAUGGCAUAAUCAAAUUACAAGAGAAACUCCUUUCUAGUAUCUUAAGGGGCAAACAUUUGGAGGUGGAGAGUGUAGCCCAUGGAACCAAUAUGAUAAGGGAAAGGCUUCAAAGUAAAAGGGUUCUUUUAAUUCUUGAUGAUGUGGAUAAAUCAAAUCAAAUUGAAAAUUUGUUUGGAAAUUUUGAUUGUUUUGUUUCAAGAAGUAGAGUCCUUAUAACAACAAGAGAUGCACACUUCCUAUCUACUCUUGGAAAAGAUUGUACAAUUUAUGAGGUGAAGGAAUUGGACAAACAAGAAGCUCUUGAACUUUUUACUCGACAUGCCUUUCAAGGAAAUAAACUUGAGGAAGAUUAUUUUGAACUUGCAAACCAAGUCCUCCAAUAUGCCAAAGGCCUGCCAUUAGCUUUAACAAUAAUAGGUUCUGAUUUGUAUGGAAAAACAACAUCUGAAUGGAAAAGUGCAGUACAGCAAUAUAGAAAAAUUCCUAAAGGAGAUAUUCAUAAAAUACUUAAAGUAAGUUAUGAUGGAUUGGAAGAAACAGAAAAGGAUAUUUUCCUCGAUAUUGCAUGUUUCUUCAAGGGAAGGGACGAGGAUAAUGUUAUAAAUAUAUUAGAUGCUUGCAAUUUAUAUCCAACAUCUGGUAUUCCAAACCUUGUUAAUAAAUGUCUCAUAACUAUUGAUUCCGAUGACAUAUUGGGGAUGCAUGACUUGGUACAACAAAUGGGUAGGGAAAUUGUUCGGCAAAAAUCACCAAAAAAUCUGAAAGAACGUUGUAGGUUAUGGCAUUAUGAGGAUGCUCUUGAAGUACUUACUGGAAGUAAGGGAUCAAACAAAAUUCGAGGUAUAAUGUUGCAUUCGCGUGAUUCAAUAACAGUGCAACUACAUGCUAAAGCUUUCAAAAAGAUGGAAAAUCUCCAAUUUCUUAUGGUUAGUAAUGUACUCAUUUCUGAAGAACUCAAAAGUCUCCCCAAUGGAUUAAAGGUACUUGAAUGGGAACCAUAUCCUUUUUCCUUGCCAUCCAAUUUUUGUCCUCAAAAACUUGUUGUACUCAAGAUGUCGCAUAGUUGCAUUAGAUUGGAGAAGCUAUUCAAGCAGGGGUUCCUUUUCAACAAUUUGACAAGUAUCAAUUUGAGCAAGUGUUUAUCCAUUAGAAUAUUACCUGACUUGUGUGCCCCAAACUUACAGUCAUUGGACCUUAGUUGUUGUGAAAAUUUAAUUGAGAUUCAUGAGGCCAUUGGAUCUCUUGAUAAGCUUAAACGUUGGAAUCUCGAGGGAUGCAAAAAACUUCCAACUCUUUGUAGCAGCCUUAGAUUGAAAUCUCUUACAUUUUUUUAUCUACGUAGUUGCGUAAGUCUGGAAAAAUUACCUGGUUUGUGCGCCCCGAACUUACGAGUAUUGGACCUUAAUUAUUGUGAAAAUUUAAUUGAGGUUCAUGAGGCCAUUGGAUCUCCUAAUAUGCGUAUUGAUCUCGUGGAUUGCAAAAAACUCCAAAUUCUGCCCAGCACCCUUAGGUUGGGAUCUCUUUCUCUAGAUGGCUGUGUAAGCCUUAAGAAGUUUCCCAAUAUUCAUCCAGAAACAAACUUGGGAAAUUUAUCUUUUGGCAAUAUUAAUAUUAGAGAAUGGCCUUCAUCACUGGGGUGUCUCAUUAGUGGGCUUGGUAAGUUUACGAACUUGGAAGUGCUAGUUGUCCGUGGCAGUGAUGGAAAUAUAAUUGAAUCACAUAUUUUGACGAAGCCCGAUUCCUUCCCCUCAUUGACAGAUUUACGUAUGGGCGGCUCUAAUAUUGUUACAAUCCCGAGAAGCAUUAUUGAAUUUACUACAUUAAGGGAUCUUACCAUGAAUAGUUGCAAGAACCUUCGAGAAAUUCCAAGACUUCCAGAGUCUAUAAGGGUAGUGAACGCAUUUGACUGCACGUCGUUGGAUCUACCAUCAUCGUGGAGAAUAUUGAGUCAGUUUCAAGAAAUAUUCAUGGAUCCCUCGUUUACUGGGUAUUCAUAUCUUUUACUACCAAGAAUUGAGAUUCCGAAGUGGUUCAAAUUGAACCAUCAGAUUGUUGGAAAUUCUAUAUCAUUCGUGGUUGGCCGUGAAUUUCAAAAAUUAAUUGUUUGUUUUGCUUUUCGAUCGGCAGAGGAGGAGGAAAUUGUGGAAGGAACUUUUUCUGUUGUUUCCGCCAAUGGUUUUUCACAAAAAGACUUAUUAUGUCGAGACUUAAUAGGGGAAGUUUCUGAGCAUCUCUUCUUAUGUCCUGUAGAUCUUUGGGGAUGGAAUAAAUCAAAUCCAUCUGAACAGAAUCACGUUACGAUUACAGUUGAAAUGAAGUAUCGUGACAUAGUCUCUUCUUAUUCUGAUGAUCCCAAAAUUACAUGGUUGGGAGUCCAUGUAGACUGCAUCUGCUGUGGUUGUGGGUCUUCCUCUGUCUCUAAUGACAUCGAUCACCAGUCAUUUCCAUCUGAUGUGGGGCUUCAAAGGGACACCAACUUACUCAUGUUUCACCCAGGUUUGGGAUCUAGUGACGUGUUGGAUGAUCUGGGUUCAUCUUCGAGGGCCUGGAUUUGUGAUAACACUGAGCUACAACCUUUGCCGGCUUUCUCCACUUCUUAUGGUUCAGAUUUAGAUCAUGGGGUUUUAAACAGUGGAGGGGUUUCAGGGCCUUUGAUCGGACCAAACUCAGGUUUAGCUGGGUCAUAUUUGGGAUUUGAAGGAUAUGAAUCAACGUUUCCUGAUGAAGUGCACAAUUUGGAUUCAUCAUCAAUUGCCUAUCCCUUUGCAAGGAUUGGAUAUCUCGACUCAAAUGCUAGUAUAGAUGGUUGCUCUCCCCUAGUCCUUGAUGACAUUGAGCACCAUUCUUUGCCAUCUGAUGUGCUUCCAGUAGAUACCACAAAUGGGUCCGAAUUAGGCUUGGGUUGGCAAGAUUUGGGAUUUAGUGAUGGGUUUGAUCUGGGUUCCUCUUCAGUGGCCCAUGCAUUUGACAACAAUGAUUCCGACUUCAAUCAGUUACCACCAUCAAAGAAGGCAAGAACAUCUUGAUCAAACUUCAAAGAAUUUUGCUUCCAACUGAAAGCAACUUCGAUGCCAAGAUAGAUAUGUAUAUGUGUGUGAAGUUCCUCCUACUUAAAUCUGGCACCUUACACCCUAAAAGAAUUUUAUACCUGUUGAGUAACCAUCACGGCAAAGGUGCGCGGUGGCAUGCAGUUGAUGUUGCUAUUGCUGUUAAAGUAAUUGGCUUGAAGUGUUUGCAGGAAUUCAAAAACCUCUGAGCUUCAAGAGCUAAGAUGGGAGGAAUGUGGAGUAGUCAUUAAAGGACUAGAUCCUAUGUCAAGGUAAUCAAGAGGUACUCUCUACAGUUAAAAAGGGAUGCAACAAACACAUGGGAAGUGGACAUUGCAUUGAAACCACCUGAUGUACUUUUCAGUUGUUUCUUGGAAGUAUAGCACAUGAUCAUAUAUUAGAGAUUAUUUAUUGCGAGGUUCUGGAAGCUCAAACAAGUCUUGCUGCUAAGGAACAAUGAUAGUUUUUAGAUGGAUGUGAAAAUUAGUCCAAAGAUUAACAAAGGAGUUCCAGAAAUAUUAUGUGGAGGCAAUGCUGAAAGUCUUUA